CUUGUCUAUAGAAGCCCUGGUGUGCUCCUCGUUGUGUCAACAAAACCUCUUCUCUCCAAGCCAACAACCAUCCCAAAAGCGGAAUCUACUUCUUGGAGAUCUUUUUUUCCCUCCUUACAACUACAAAGAGUAUCUUGCAUAUUGCGAUCAGAAUACUUGAGGCGAUACAAUGGCCGGACAACAGCGAAUACUCCCUACUUAUCAAACUGUAGGAGGGCGCCCAUUCUACCUAUCAACAAAAUCACUCCUCUCCAAGCCGACGACCACUCACAUAUUCGACGUUCGAACUUCAAGUUUAGGGUAGAUGAGGGUGCUCGUGGUAGUGGUGGUGAUAAACCGCCAUGCCUAUGA